AUGUCUGAAGAGAUUAUUUGUUUUAUCCCAGAAUUAUUUUUGGAGGAAUUUUGCAAGUAACAAAAUACUUGCUUCAUCAGCUCUGUCUCUCAACAAAUAAAGGGCUCUAUAUUUUGUGAAUAAGCUAGUAGUAGCAGAAAAUACAAUAUUUUCUAUUUUUUCAUUCAAGGAAGUAACUCAUCAUCAUCAGAAGCAAAGUUACUCAAGCCUUCUCCAGCUUCAUGA